AUGUUGGAAAAAGCAGAGCUCGACUAUAAAUCGCAUAAAACCAGAGACAUGUACAAGCAGAUAAAUCGACUUACAGGAGGAUAUAAAAAGAAAGAGAGGUUCUUGAAAAAUGAUGAUGGGACGCUAAUAACCUCGUACGAGGAGAUAUCCAAAAGAUGGGGUGAGUACUUUGAUGAGCUAUUAAAUUGUGACGAGCCGGACGAAGUCUUCAGUUUCGACCUAGGAAUAAACUUUGGAAUAAACAAGAUUGUCCAGAACCAACGUUGGAAGAGAUAAAGCUACAGGUAAAAUGGCUUAAGAAUCACAAGUCACCUGGAAAGGAUGAAGUUCAAGCUGAACUACUAAAAUAUGGAGGAGAAGAACUGCUGACUAAGAUAGGGAAACUGAUAAACCAGAUCUGGAAAUCUGAAAAAAUACCAGAGGAAUGGAAAACAGCUAUGAUAUAUCCGAUCCAUAAAAAAGGAAGCAGACAAGAUUGUAAUAAUUAUCGAGGCAUAGCUCUUUUAAAUGUGAUAUAUAAGGUAUUAUCUAACUGCGUUUUAUCAAAAUUAAAAGAAAAAUCGGAGGAAAUUAUUGGCGACUAUCAGGGAGGCUUUAGACCUGGAAGAUCAACAACGGAUCAAAUAUUUGUUCUUCGGCAGAUNCAAAUGUUUUCCAGAGGAUAUUUUUACGUUGACGACAAUGACGUUACAUACGGUGCAUGGAUGUUGGGUUUUCUCGAUUCUUCGAUAAGGGUUUAUGAGGAAUUAUUAUUUAAAUAA